AGCGGAGUCCAGUCGUCGUCGCGCGCUCGUUUCGUUUACGUCGGAUUCGUGUCGAUUCAGUACUUCGGUGUCGUGCAAAUUCUACAAACAUAUCACUUCGAAAAUCAUUUUCGCUGUAACGCACUAAUACAGUAUAUCGUUAUCGUUGUGAGUUUUCGUAAAUCGUUGAAAAAUAUGUGCAAAGAAUUUAGAUUACUUCUGCUAAGUGGCUCGCUACUGAUGUUCCUCAGUGGUCACGCCGCUGCGACUGCUUCCGAGGAGAGUUUCGAGACGGUUCAUACAAGCAACGCGGCCGUCCUGAACCGACUCGGACUGACACCCCUUCAAAUACCCGAUGGGCAUCACAAGAAGCGAUUAGCCGGACCUGAACCACCGGGGCUCAGCUCGCAGACGCGCAUACAUCAGGCUUACAGCCGUCGUCACGGGCACCGCGACAGCCACGUUUACAUCGUGAAGCUUCCGGCUAGUCCUCCGUACUACACCAUCACGAAGCCUCACAAAUCCGUCAACGACGACAAAGUGACCAAGACCGGUCCGAGUUUUCCGGUGGGAUUCCAAGGAAAUGGCAAACCCGCCAAGAUUUAUCAUUGGAAUUUACCGGUCGUAAAGAAAAUGACGGAGAAGAAGCGCCUUCAGCUGAGUCAACUGAGGAUCGAUCAGGCGAGAAAAAGGCUGGAGGAUAUGAAGAAACAGCAGCAAACGUCGUCGGCAAAAACCGCGCUGGAUAAGCUUUAUCCGCUCGAUUCAACCAGCAAGAGUUACGAAUACCGCGCCGCCGAUAACAAACUUCAUUCGCACCAAAAGCUGCCGGUGACGAAACACGUCCGAAACAAUGACAAGAGGCUCAACUAUCUGAGCAACGACAAUGACAAUAUCAAGUUUAAGUCGACGAAAAAGAACGACGGCAACAAGACGUAUAGACUGGACGAUUUGAAUGUGCACAGGGUCCACCUGACCAAUGAGCUUCACGGCUCGAGGAACACCGUGCCGAAGAUGAAGAAGCACAGGAAAAAAGCUGCCAUGUCGUAUUACGCGCCGAUCACCACCAAGACGGGCUCCACCAGCAUCCACAAGAACUUCCCCGGAAACGGCAAGCCCAAGGCUUUCUACAUUAUGGAGAAGAGUCGCAAGCCAGUAUACUACCAUCCCCUUCUACCUUAAUCCGCGAUUGUUUCGUGUAACUGUGCAUAAUCGUGUAUCUUAAGUGACUCGCGAGCCUGUUAGCUUAAGUAGACGCAUACUACUCUGUUUGUACAGGAUCGGAGGUCGCCGUUCGAAUUGACAACGAUAAGAUGCGAAAAAGCAAAAAGAAAGAGAGAGAGAGGGAGGAGAAAAAAAAAGAGAGAAACAGAGACUUUCAUGCCUAUAUAGUCAUUCUUCAAGACCACGUGCAUUCUGCAAACUGUUCCACUUCUGUUAAAUAUACAUCUUUAGAAGAAUUAUCUUUACUUAGAAGAGACGUAUCGAGUAAAUAUUAGGAAUGCUAGUACAGGUUUCAUCAUCGGCAGCCGUUCUUUCAUAUUUUUGGUUUUUACGAUAUCAUAUAUUCGGGCAACCCAUCCUACGAAAUCACGGAUGGUAUUUAUAUUUGCAUUGCUGCAAUAACUGAACUUGUAUUUUAUUAACUGACAAGUGGAUGAGGAAUCUGACAUAUCAUAGUUUCACAAAAGCGUUAUAUCUGCUAAUAUAAAAUACAGUAUUCAUUGUAUCCAUAGGCAACGCCAAAAAUUUCCGCAAAAUGACACCCAUGCAUCUAUUUCUCCUUAAAAAUGUUAUUUUAAAAGACAACUUUACUACAACAAAAAAUUUUAAUUUUUCACCAAUUUUUAUUGAAGCAAUAUAUAUUGGACGGUUUUGAAAUAUUAUAAGACUGAAGUAUCAUCAGGAAAGAUUUUUUAUGGUCAAGCCUUCAUGUAGUCAGAUCUUAUAUAUAAGAUCGUAUUAAAUUUAUCUUCAGAUAUGCCGUAGCCAAUAAAACGAGUAUGAACAGCGUCUGAAGAUGAACUUGAGAUGAUCUUAAAUAUAAGAGAUGACUAUGAAUAACGUAUGUGUGACUUUUGAAAUUCGAAACGCUCUUUUCAACGAUGAGAGUUUCGCGAGAGUUGCCCCGUCACAGCACGUUUAGUCACCGACUAAAAUAUUCACAUUAUAUAUCACAUAAUAGAAGAAGCUGAAUUAUUCCCGUUAACACUCUAGACAUGAAUUAAAUACAAAAGGAUCUUGUUGCUUAGAGGAAAAGGAUUGUUAAAUCAUGCAAAGCUUCUUAUAUUUAACGGAGGGCUAAAGAACGAUAAUUUUGAUUGGCGGAAAUAAAUGCUCAAAGAAUAAAGCGAUCAUAUUUUUAUUAGCGUGUAGUGUUCGCUUGAGUUUUGUCUUUUUUUCCUCGUUUGAAACGAUCAAGCACACGUCGAUUAUUUCAAGCAAAUUUAACGCUAAUAAAAAUAUGAUUAUGAUUGUCUUAUUCUUUUUACGAUUCCAGAAGAACGGUCAAUGCCGUACGAUAUACCAUUAUUUCCUGGCAUUAUAUAAAAAAAAAAAAACUAGGACAAGGACAAUUAAUGAGCCCACCUUAUUACCCCAACUUCUUCUCGACAAUCAAGGACAGAAUGCACGGAUUGUUCUUCAGCAUUAAAAGCAGUGGUCAAGGCCUUUGAAAGUCUUGUGUAUGACAUGUUUCUAGAAAACGUGUGGCUCACGUGCUUCGUCGAUUGAUUUCAUCGUAGGGACAAUAUACAUAUGAAACCUACGACAGAGAGAGAGAGAGAGAAAGCCGAGAAUAGAAACAAUUUGUCGUUUUAGUCGUGCGUUUGCGGGAACUUCCGGUAUUGCUAACUUAAAGCGCGAUAGUAUUAUUGAGAUUACGACUGAAUGUUCCAUGUCUGUCCUGCAUUGGAUGGCUAUUCACCCUAUUUACACAUGAUAUAAAUAUCGAUUAAACAUUAAACUAUUACUAUGUGACAUUCAAAUUACAUAAUAUAUACAUAUAACGUACGCUUCUCUUUAUCUCGUUGUCUACUUUUUUUUUAUUUAUGCAAGAUUUAAAGAAAAGCAGAAAAUGCUAUAUAUUUUUACUGAGAUUAAUAUAAGGAUUUUACGCGACGUUGAUUUACUACGGAAUAAAAAAGCUAACAUUUUCUUUUAACAAAUCUGAUUAAACGUAAGACUUUUUUAUCGGUACACGAUCACCGAAUUGUUUCUUCCCGCCGGGAGGAUAGGAUCGUCUAUGAUUCUACAAUCAAAUUUUCUAUCAUUGAAUUAACAUUGUACAAUAUAUUUUUAUAAAUAUAAUAAACAUGCGGACUAUCGCAUCUCUACACGCGCAUUCGUCCGUGUGUAAUCACGUAAUAAACAUGAUUGAUCCGCGAUCGAGUGUGUCGAAUACUCGAUCAACGUAAGACGUUUCCAUAUAAUUGUAGGUAGGACUCUUCAUUAAGACUGGACAAUACGUAUGUUCUUACACAUGUAAAUCUUUCCUCUUACGUGCAUUAACGUGGGAAUCUUUUGCGUUAAAUAAAUUUUUUUCUAUAUUCUAGGUAUCGUAAGCGCGCUCGAUUGUAAUGAGGCAUCCAGUGUAACGAAUAAAGAUAUUUAUAGCUC